AUGGGUGAAAUUAUAUUGCGUGAAUUGGAUUUGGAAAUAGAGAAUGCCAUUAAUUUGUUUGAUGUAAAAAUUAACAAUCUCAGGGAGGAGUAUAACAAUGAAUUGGAAAAGAUUCAGAUUAAACGGGGAGAAAUACUUGGAGAUGAAAAAAACUACUGCAUUUUUGCCUCGGAAAUUGAUGAUCUGGAAUUGUGCCAAUCGUCUAUUAAAGGCAAUUACGACACUGGUACUCCUGGUUGGCCUGGAUUCUGGUUAAAUGCCCUAAGAAACUGCAAAUCAAUAUCCUCCCUAAUAAAUCCGUGCGAUGAACCAAUGCUAUAUUUCAUAUCAAAUAUAACCUGCCCUAAAGAUACUGAAGUCAUCUUUCACUUCAAAAAAAAUCCCUACUUCACAAAUGAAAAAUUGUCAUUAGACUUUGAGUCUGGAAAGAUAGUACCGAUCGAUUGGUUUGAAAAUUACGAUUCUGGAUUUUUUGACAUCUUCACGGAUGCGAAUGAAGAUAUCACAAAUAUCGUUGUGGCAAUAAGAGAUUGUUUAUUAAUUAGACCAUUGGAUCAUGCCCUUAACACUCAUGAUGAGUGUUUUGACUCUAACAGUGCGGAUAUGGGCUCGAGAUAUCCCUUAUCCAUGUUUUUUUAG